CUUUGGGGUCCCUCACACCUCCUCCUCCUCCCUCUCUCCUCCGCACCCCCUUCCUCACCCCCCCCCCACUCGCCUGCCUUGGCCAUGGGGAUGGGGGCCCACCUCCUGGCGCUUGUCAUGUCGGCUUCCUUUUUCAACCCCAGCUUUGCCUUCAGUUCGCACUUCGACCCCGACGGUACUCCACUAAGUGAGCUUUCCUGGUCCUCCUCUCUGGUGGUUGUGGCCGUUUCCUUCUCUGGGCUCUUCACCUUCAUCUUCCUCAUGUUGGCCUGUUUGUGCUGCAAGAAGGGGGGCAUUGGCUUCAAGAGCUGGAGAAGCGAAUCCCGGGAGAAGAGACUGAGGAUGGUUUUGAGGUGUCUGCCCUGCACGGGGGCCAGCACAGUGCCCAAUACAACCUGUAAUGUAGAACUGGGGAACCCCGGGCAGCCCUCCCCCUGCCCCCUGACUAAGGAAUUUGAUAAUGCUGAAGGAGAAGAAUAUGCCAGUGAAUUCUCGGCCCAGGGCUCACCAGCCACACAAAAUGGGCCCGAAGUCUACAUUCUGCCUCUCACUGAAGUCUCCUUGCCCAUGUCCAGGCAGCCUGGGCGCUCAGUGCAGCUGCUCAAGUCCACUGACCUGGGGCGCCACAGCCUGCUGUACCUCAAAGAAAUUGGCCAUGGAUGGUUUGGCAAGGUGUUCCUCGGUGAGGUGAAUGCAGGGCUGAGUAGCACUCAGGUGGUUGUGAAAGAGCUCAAGGCCAGUGCCAGUGUGCAAGAUCAAAUGCAGUUCCUGGAAGAGGCCCAGCCAUACAGAGCGCUCCAGCACACCAAUCUUCUGCAGUGCUUGGCCCAGUGUGCCGAAGUGACACCUUAUCUGCUGGUGAUGGAGUUCUGCCCGCUGGGUGACCUGAAGGGCUACCUCAGGAGCUGCCAUGCUGCCGAAGCCCUGGCUCCUGACCCUCUGACACUGCAACGCAUGGCCUGCGAGGUGUCCUGUGGCUUGCUGCACCUUCACCGCAACAACUAUGUACAUAGUGACCUGGCACUGCGAAAUUGCUUACUCACAGCAGACCUGACUGUCAAAAUUGGCGACUAUGGGCUUUCUCACUGCAAAUACAAAGAUGACUACUUUGUGACAGCUGACCAACUGUGGGUACCUUUGCGCUGGGUGGCACCUGAGCUCAUUGAUGAGGUACAUGGCAACCUCCUUAUUGUCGACCAGACCAAGACCAGCAAUAUUUGGUCAUUGGGUGUGACCAUCUGGGAACUCUUUGAGUUGGGUGGGCAGCCCUACUGUAACUACUCAGACCGGCAGGUGCUCACCUAUGCCAUCAAGGAGCAGCAGCUGAAACUCCCCAAGCCACAACUCCCACUCUCACUAUCUGACCGUUGGUAUGAAGUAAUGCAGUUCUGCUGGUUGCAACCAGAGCAGCGCCCCACUGCUGAGGAAGUGCACCUCCUGCUGUCCUACCUAUGUGCCAAGGGUGCCUCAGAAGCAGAAGAAGAGUUUGAGCGACGCUGGAACUCUAUGAAACCUGGUGGUGGUGGCUCAGGCUCAAGCCACAUGGGCAUUGAGCUUUCAUCCUUCCCACUCCUGGAGCAUUUCUCCAAUGAUGGUGAUGAUGUCCUGACUGUCAUGGAGACCAGCCACGGUCUCAAUUUUGAGUACAAAUGGGAUCAAGGCAAAGGCGACCACUUGCCAGCUUCAGCUAUGAGUCCCCGGGGUGCUGCUCGCUACCAUGAGCUUUAUUAUUCAGCCAGUGGCAGCAGCGGGGGUGGUGGUGGGCAACUCAGCUUGGGGGUCUCACCCUCCUGCUAUGAGUGCAAAGUGCAAGGCUGCCCAGGCCUGCAUACACCAAGUGUAGUGCCUGUGUUGAGUGCCCACAGCCCCUCCCUGAACAGUGAGUACUACAUCCGCAUCGAAGAGGCAGCCUCCGAGGGCAGUGGGGCCGACCUUGACUACACCAUGUGUUCCUACAGCCCAGAGUUUGGCCGCUCUUCUCACUGGCAAGCCAAUGAGGGCCACUAUGAGUCAAACAGUAGCCCCACUGUUUCCCUCACCAUGGAACCCCUUCUGGGCCACUCAGCACAUGCUGAGAGCAUAUGGGAACCCCCUGACUAUUACUCCUAUGGAGGACCAGGGGACAAGGAGGUCCUAUAUUAUGAGGCCUCCCCAAAGGGCUGUGCUGAGAACUACCUGCUAAAAGAGGCUGGUGCCUCUGAGUGGCCCAUCCCAUCCUUGCAAAAAGGCAUCUUUGCAGACCCACUGGGUGUCUCUCCCUCAGUGACCUAUACCUAUAAGGAUAGCGUUUCAGAAUCAGUAGCUUUGGAAAUUGGGGAAGAGGAGCAAGAAGAUGAAGAGGAGGAGGAAGAGGAAGACGAGAGCUCAGGUGACAGUCCCAGGAGCAGAAGUGGUAAGAACGGUGAGUCGCCUUCCUCCAACAAGCAUUGGACAUCUAACACCUCAGCCAGUAAUAACAACAGCCACCCACUGUCCCCGUGUGAACUGCCAGCUAAUGAUAGUUGGUGCUAUAGACACAUGAUCACCUUUCAGGGGCUUAUGGCCGAGCCACUGUGCACAGUGCCAAGAGAGGAGCCGACGCUAGGAAUCAGGGACCUGCGAGCAGCCCUGCUGGGUGAGGAGCAUGUGCCAUCAUCUCACACAGGCUCCCCUUGCCCUGACAUUGAUUUGCCUAAAGAGGGUAAGACAUCAGCCCAGGUUGCCAGCACAGAGAUGGGUGCAGAGGACUCAGCAGAAGAUCCCUUGACAGAAGUUGGAGUGAAAUGCCAGCAAGACAGCAUGCCGCCAUCAGAGGAAAAAGAUCUGGUUGCAGCAGAAUCACCGUUGCCAUUGUCUACACCAGAUCCUGCCCACAGUUCAUCGGCUGAGGUCACCACUUUGCCAGAAGAGUUAACAAGUGAUGUGCCAAUAGCUGGAGAAAACCCAAUAGUUGUAGAAGAGGCUUCAUCUGAACCUCCACCCAAGGUGUUACAGGACAUUAAUCUAGAAAGUGGCAAGAGUACCUGCAGUGAACAGGACAGGACACCAGACAAGACUGUUUCAAGCACUAGCUUCCCUGACUUAGAUGAGGGCAGUGAUGAUGAUGAUACGGCUGAGCUCACAUCUGGAGUCUUCACAGACUUCUCAGUUGACUGUACUGAGCGGCAGGAUAUAAUGCCCACCUUCAAGUCCUUGCAGAAGCAGGUGGGGACUCCUGACUCCCUGGAAUCAUUGGACAUUCCUUCUACCACCAGCUCCUGUGAAGCAUUCAGCCCUACAGCCUAUGUGCCCUCAAGCCAACCAAAGGCCCUGGACAGUGGCUAUGACACAGAGAACUAUGAGUCACCUGAAUUUGUCCUUAAGGAGCCUCAUGAGUCACGAGAUCCUGAGUCUUUUCCCCAGGUAGGGAUGACCCAGAAUGACAAUGGGGUGGGCCAAGCCAAAGAGCUCAGCCUCUCUGAUUCAUUUAGCACCGGACUGCAGGGCCUGGAUGAGAAAAACCCUUACCGUGACUCAGCCUACUUUUCUGACUAUGAUGCUGAGGGGGGGACCAGGGAGGAUGGUGAAGAAGGGGACAGUGAUGGUUCUGAAGGGCAUGAGCCAGAUGUCUCCCAGGUACACAUCAAAGCAUUGGGUAAGAGCCUUGACCAAAAUGGCCCUGAAACUCAGUCCCCUUCUCCUCCUGAACCCGCUUGCCCAGAUAGAGACAGCAUGGAAUGUAUGUCUCCAGUGACUAAGGAGCAGGGUACAAGAGAAGGCGCCAGUCCCAGUUUGUCACAAGAGGUGUUGGCAAAUGGAGUGAUUGUAGAGGAACUGGACUCAAAGUUGCCUAAGUGUAAAGAUGAGGGGACUGUCCCUGUACCCCAAACAUUGACCUCUAGCAGCAGGUCCUUCUACUUGUCACCUGUGGUUGUAGAUCCAGUGGUACCUACUGUGGUGGGUGAUGAGGAGGGUGGAGGGGUAGGGAAGGCAGGACUGGAAAGUGCCUCAAAGGAUGUGGAGCACCCUGAGGAAGUGGCACAAGGUGUUAACAAUCAGGAAGAGCCUCAGAACAGCACUGGGCUCUCACUAGACUUGUCCGUUGCACCAUCCCAACCUUCAUCUGUCCCUGCUGACCUGGAGGAAGAGGACGAGGACACAGAGGACAGUGAUGAGUCUGAUGAGGAGCUGCGAUGCUACAACAUCCAGGACCAGAGUGAGGACAGUGAGGAGGACUCACCCACUGUUCCCAUUGUGGUUGCUGAAAGCCACAGUACCCGCAACCUGCGUAGCCUGCUGAAGAUGCCCAGCCUGCUGGUGGAGACCUUCUGUGAUGACCUUGAACGCAAGAAGAAAGCUGUUUCCUUUAUUGAAGAUGUCACUGUCUACCUCUUUGACCAGGAAAGCCCCACGAAGGAACUUGCGGAGGUGCCCUUCCCAGGGGUGACAGAGCCUCCCAUGGCAUCAGUCCCUGAGCAGAAAGAGAGCAAUGGUUCUCCAGGCCCAGCAGUCAAAACCAGUACUACACCCAAUGGCAGCAGCUCCUCCUCAGAAGGAAGCACCUCUGAAGAGAGUACAGCUGGUGGGUUUGAGUGGGAAGACGACUUCUCACUCAUGCCGGUGAAACCGUCUGUCAUGUCAUCAUUGUCAUCAGUGGCACCUGAGCCUGCCCUCUCCGGACUGCCCUCUACACUUCUACCCGCUCAGAAGCAGGUGCUGCCCAUCCAGUUUUCACGUUUCACUGUCUCACCUGCCCCAGCAUCUCGGUUUUCAAUCACACACGUCACUGACUCAGACGUCGAAUCUGUAGCAGGCAGCAGUGAAAAUGGUGACAGAGAGUGAGUGCAGCCACCUAUCUCCUUUUGGACUUCUCAUCUUGCCCCUGCCCCCUGCUCUGCCCAGCAUUGGUUUCUGCACUGGGGCAAAGGAGUCGGGACAGCGGCCCAGAACCUGGAUGAAGUAGAAGAACUCUGUGGGUCUCCCGCUCUUAUUUUUUUAAGAGGCAGAUUUUAUUGGAUGGACCUUGACUACUUUGAGGCUGGAGCUGCCCUGCCUUGCAGUGGUAAAGAUGGUUUGUGAUGAGCGUGUGGAUGUGAGAGUGUGUGCGUGCGUGUAUGUAUGUACAGGUAGGCAUAUAAUACCCAUAUAGCAUUUAAAGGGUAGAUCUUUGACCUCGCUAAUACUGCUGGCCCACCACCUGAGCUAUUUUUGGCACCCCUUGUCUCUGUAACUCAUGACUCUUGAUGUUUUGAUUCACAUUAGCUUCCCACAUUGAGGCAUUGCCUUGGGACAUACCACCUCUUGCCUAUUGUGUAAACUUGCCAUGUCUUUUUUUUCCAAACCCAGGGUGAGAUUGAGAUAUCAGAGAUUCAUCCUUGUAUCUUGGCCAUGUAGGUAGUUUGCAGUCAAGCAGGAGAGAGAACAGUAGGCAAUAAGCCAGGAGCACUCUGGUGUCCUGGUCAGUGUUAGGUAUUGUUUUAACUGGAGGGGUGAGGGCGAGGGAAUGGACACUGUAGCCAUUUGCCUCUUUUUGUUGCCCACCCCCUCUGUAUAAACAUUUGUCACCUGCCCCAUGCCAUUUGCCCAAUUGUAACACAGUUGGGACACUUGCCCUUUGGGGGUUUUCCAUUCACUUUGUGAGCCUUGCUUAGAGACUGUUCUCCCCGUUUUAUUUACUCAGCUGCAGUAAAUGCCACCACCUCCACAUUUUGGCCAAAAUCAUUCUGAGCAGCACAGCAGCUGUGCCUUAAUGGUCCCCUCCCCAGCAUGCCCCCUUUUACCAACCCCAGCCUCAAGAAACUUGCCUUUUUGUGGAGGUGGCAUGGAUAGGAAGGAAAAGGGGAAUGUAAAGAAAUAGCAGGUCAGCUUGCAUUAAUGGCUCAUUGGCUGGGAUGAACUGUGUGGAGCUGGGAUCCUCUUGUCUACCCCUACCCGCGCAAUUACUCCCAUCCCAACCCUCUCCCUAGUAUUAUUUAGGCGGCACCCUUCCUGGCGAGUCAAAGAGUGUGCCCCUGGCAGGCGGCAGGAUGUCCGUCAGCCAAGCCUCGUGCUGUGGGGAGAGACUACUGUUUCCCUUUGUAACUCCUAUAUAGUAUUUCCCAUGCAGGAGUAGCCUCCUGAGAAGAUGUGUAGCAGAAGCAGGUCAAACUGCCACCGGGACUAUUUUUGUAUAAAAAUUUACCCACCGCUAUAUCACCUGCCCUAACAGAGUGGCGGAUUUAAGUUGUUGUUGCCAAAGAGAUGUAAAGAAUUAACACUUUUAUCUUGGCGUCUGGGGGGGGGGGGGGGAAGAGAGUAAAAAGCAGAUGGGGGAGAGCUUGAUUGUUUUUGGGUUUUUUUAGUUCUUAAAUUUUGAUUAGUUUUAAGGCUUAGGAUAAUUGUGCAAUUUGAAUUAGGAUAGAAAAGGAAAAGGCUGAGAGGAGAAUUGCACUCGGGGGCUGUAGCCUUUUGAACUGUAGACCAUAACCUGCUGGCUUUCAAACUCAAGGAGCAAACUGAGAGAGAGGGCUGUGCCAUUCUUCAACAGAACUGUCUCAGCGUGCAAUUUUCUGUGUUACCUGUCUUUGCUAUUGCCCUCUCACUUUGGUGGCUGCUUUUCCUCUCGCCUUCAGUUGAUGGACACAAACGGGCAUAAUGAUGCACUUUAAUAUUUACAUGCGCACACACACAUCUACUUGCAUGCCAGCCAGUCAUCUCCAUCAAAUGGUGCUCUCAGUUUACAGUGGUAACGGUGGCAUUAAUAUUUUCCUUCUUCUUGACUUUUCCUUCCUCCAUCACAACCAUCAAUUUUAGUCAGCUCUUCAAAAUUUGCUUAGUAAAAGGCUGUAUUCCUAAAGACAAUUGCCAUGCCUCAGUGGAACUCACUCCUAAGUAAAUACUUUUGGGAGUCAUGCUGGUAGCUUCUGGUAGUUCUUAAUUCUUCAUAUCUGCUGCACCAGGUAAGAUAUCAAGAAAUAGUAAUGCUAAGGACUCUCUGACUUAAGUUUUGCCUUUUAUUGGGACACCUCUGUACUCCAUGUUUUUCCAUCUGGUUCUUCUUGUUCAGCCUGGAGCACUGGGCCAGGAUUCACUGAACAAGGCAAGGAUUCCUGGUUGAUUUCUGGAUUGAAGACGGGAGACUGAAUAGGAAAAUGGCAGCAUUUGUGGUCUUCUUGCUAGUGUAGAAAAGGGAAGGAAGAGGGGUCCUUAAGACACAUUGUAACCUCUCUUUCCAGUGCUCAGCUGUGCAAGGAGAUUGUGGCUUCUGUAAUGACUACUCAGUAAGAGAAACAAGGACCUAUUUUACAGUCAUUUAAGGGCAUCACACAUGUGAAUGAGCACUUCUGGAAACAACAUUCACAGAGUGCCCUCCACUCUCCAGUGGAACAGGGAUUUGAAAAUAGCCAGGAAACAAUUACAAUUUUUUUUUUCAGGAUUGUAAUGUCCCCAAAAUUAGUGGUUUAACAGGGACAAACUUUUAAGGGGCAGCUGUGUCGUUUUUCUUUGUUUCUAUGCUUUGUGGAUAUAAUUAGAUAUGUGUUGUAUCCAAGUUGCCCUGACCUCAUCUUGUGCGAAUUUAUAGUUGCCAACAUAGAUGCCAGUCAGUGCAGAGCUGGGAUCAAUUAAAAACUAUAGGGAGAAGAAUAGUCACACAGUGUCCUUCCAUCUGUUUCUGGUUUAGGAAACAUCUAGAGAUGCAGCAACUAUAAGUAAGCAAUCUGGAGAGGCUCUUUCUGGGAGCUUCAACUGAUCUGAAUUGCUGAAUUGCAUUCUGUUCCACCCCCAGCAUCUUUGUCAACAUAUUGUUGCCUAGGAGCAAGUUUUAGUACCUGCUGCAUUCUUGCAGCCAAAACCAAGUCAGAGACUUUGGCUGUUGAAAGAGGGAAGGGAGGUGAUGCUUUAGCCUGAAACACUUUUA